AUGACGAGUCACAUCUGCAUUCUGGCAACGUACAGCGCAGCUACAAAAAGCACUGGGGGAUUGAAACUGAAUCUGCAUCAUUCAGAACCUCAUUCAGCAACUCCCACUCCUGAACCAAAUACCGACCGGUCUUCCAAUUCGGCUAUUGCAACAUCUGAAGCCUCAAGCAAUCAACAACGCACAAUCCGGUCCAAUACAAUCGACAUGUUCCCCACCAUCCUUGGACUCUUGAAGGUGUUCAAAUUCAUCACUAAGGAGCUUGCAAAUGUACGUGCUUCAAUCUUUAUUUUGUGCCUGGCUGACCUUCGUGCAGAGCUCCAUCCGUAUGCAAAGGUGGCAUUAUGUGUCUUCACUUGGGCGUCAAAGAUGAUUCUCGAUCAGAGAGACCACGGUGACACUGUUUCCCAUAUAGUCUCAAAGGUCGCGCCGAUUUCAUCGUCCAUUAGUCAGACACGAAGAGUUUCUGCAAAAGACUUGACAAGAAUGUCGCCAACGAAUCAGAUACUGCGAUUUAGAGCUGGGGAUAUGGGUAUGGGUUGGUGUCUGCGCACCACUGCUGAUGGGAUUUCACAAGUAUACGAGUCUGUUACAAUCUAUAUAGCUGUGCCUGUAUCGAUAUCUAGCACUGCAGCUGACCAGUGGGCACGAGUAUAA